CAGAUCUCAGGAAUGUAUUUGGUGCAGUCACUGCACUGUAGUGUGCAUUACAAAGAAAUGACAAUAGCUCUGUCGAUCUGUCACUGUUCGUAACGAGGAGAAUGGAGAUUCACUGAUAAGGGAUGACGGUACUGUUGAGACAAGAACUAUGACGAACGAAAUAUCGGUGAACGUUUUGACAUUGAAUUGUUGGGGUAUACCAUAUGUGUCAAGAAAUAAGAAUGAACGUAUGUCCGCUAUCGCAGAAAGAUGUAUCAGUAGGGAAUACGAUAUAAUCUGUUUGCAAGAAGUUUGGUCUAUCGAUGAUUUUAAUCAGAUAAAAACAAAAGCACAGGAAGUGCUUCCCCACUCGCAUUAUUUUCACAGUGGAGUCUUGGGAUCAGGAAUAUGUAUUUUGUCAAGAUAUCCCAUUCAUGAUGUUAUGUUUCACAAAUGGCCUUUAAAUGGUUAUGUUCAUAAGAUACACCAUGGAGACUGGUUCGGUGGCAAAGGAGUUGGGCUGUGCAAAAUAAAAGUGUUUAACAUGUAUAUCAAUGUUUAUAUCACACACUUACACGCGGAAUAUAAUCGCGAGAAUGACGAGUACAUGGCUCACAGAGUGCUACAAGCGUUUGAUACUGCUCAAUUUGUAAAGAUGACGAGUGGCGGCGUGGAUGCUGUCAUAUUUGCGGGCGAUCUUAAUACAGAGCCUCAAGACUUAGCUUACAGAAUUAUACGUGGUGUUUCUGGUUUAACCGAUACGUGUCCUGAUAGUCAGAACCACAUAGGGACCAACGAAUGUGCCAAUAAUAGUUACACCAGCUCAAAACUUGCUCGAACGCAACCAGAUGGAAAGCGUAUAGAUCACAUCAUGUAUUUAGGUUCGAAGAUUGUGAAGGUUGAAGUUACAAAUUUUGGACAUCCCUUGCCAAAUCGUGUGCCAUAUAAGAAUUUUAGUUAUUCCGACCAUGAAGCUGUGAUGGCUACACUUAAAUUCACUAAUGAUAAACAUGAUGCGAAAGAUCUAAAUAUUAUCGAUUCCCUGAAAGAAGCAGUAGAAAUUUGCGAAGAAGCAUUGAAAAGUGUACAACGCCAACGUUUUUGGUAUACAUUGUCAACCUGCAUGCUAAUCAUUCCAUUAAUUUGGAUCAUUUGGCUAAAUUGCAUGAACAUAUCUUUAGCUGCAGAUAUUGGUUUGAAUAUAGUAUGUAUUCUUCUGACUGCAUUAUUAUGCUACACUGUAUUUAUGAGCUCACUAUGGAAUUGCGCAGAGAAGAAUGCAUUAAGAGCAGGACGUUUAGCUAUAGAAAUUUACAUGACACAUUUGGAUAAUAAUCAAAACUAAACGUCAAAUUUCUACAACAAUACAGAUCUAGUAAACUACCAAUUAACAAUAACGUAUAAUCAAUAUUAUAAUUUCA